GUGAAGUGGUGGUCGUGACGAGCACUUUCCCGAUUCUUCCUCGGAGGAACAAUAUUUGCAAUAGUUUUUAACGGUUUCGAGUUAUUUGUUGAUUUUUUUUUGUUUUCCCCCUCAGUUUUAGUUUUUCUUUCCUUGUUAAUUUUUCGCACUCGGUUUUCCCUUGGUUUUACUUGAUUCUCACUUCGCCGCGGAUAUCCCCGAGUGAUAACGGAACGCCCGAAGGUAGACCCACACACAACUAAGACUCACCAAGGAAAUUGUGAUUGUGCACUCGCUAACUAGUAGUUGAAUAAAUUUUAAAGGUUUUUAAAAAUGGAGCGUGAAUCGAAUUCGAUGCAAGCGCUAUGCCGCUCGGGCUGCGGGUACUACGGAAACCCGGCGACGGACGGUUUGUGCUCGCUGUGCUACAAGGAAGUGCUCAAGAAGAAACAGCAGCCGCCCAACCCGGCGCCGACGGCCGCAGCGGUGGCCCAGUCAGUCUCAGUAGGACACUACGUCCCCUCGUCUAGCAACAGUGGAGUUUUCGGACAAAAUAGCCAUUCUGUUAAUAUAAUUGAUACUGCCGUAUCCACAAUUCCUGUCGUUUGCACCUCCUCAUCGCCAGCCCCUAGUGACCAUAUUAAAGAUUCCGACAAUGAAGGAAGCAGUGCAGUUUCCGCAGAAACGAGUAUUAACAACGACGCUCAAGAUGGAAAGGACGAUAAAGGAGAAGAUAAAAAUAAAAAGAAGAAUAGAUGUGGUAUUUGUCGCAAGAAAGUGGGGCUAACAGGUUUCGAGUGUAGGUGUGGUGGUCUAUAUUGUGGUGUACAUCGAUACUCAGACAAACACGAUUGCUCCUUUGAUUACCGUGAAAUGGGCGCUCAAGAAAUUCGACGUAACAAUCCAGUCGUCGUGGGAGAGAAAAUUCAGAAAAUUUAAAUUAUUUCACUUAUUUUACUCUUAAUAUUACACACACUUAUAUAUAGAGGUAUAUAUACUUUGAUUAAAUCAACUCGACCGCUACAUCUAAUAAAAUUUGCCUCAAAAACUUUGAUUUUGCUCCUCAAUUGAUGACUUUAGUUGGAAAAUUUCAUUACCUCUGAAUAUACCGUUAUCAUCAUCAUUAUUUGUAACUUUUUCCAGUGACAGUGAAAAAUUUGAAGCCUCUCCAGUUUUUUCGGCCUCUUGAUUUUUGAUUCCCCUGGUUGUUUAGUUUGAAAAAAGACAAUAACUUCAAGUAGCUUUCUGCUUUUUGACCGCUUGUCCCUUAGGCGGCUGUUAAUUAUUAAAUGCACCAAAAAUUUCUCAACCCAAUAGUAUGAGGCAUUUCUUUGUUUUUCUAGUUUUUUUCCAACAGCAGACUGAACUAAAUAAGUGUGAAGUAGUAUGCGGUAAUCUUACUCAAUUCAUUCCUAGCGCAAAAUGAACACGCGUAAUCGUAAGCUUAUUGAACGGUAAUUAAUGAUUAAGUUUUACUUUAGUUUUGAGUCUUACGCUACCAGUUAAUUUUAGUUUUAAAUCUGCGAAAUCGUCUGAGUUUGCCGUUCAUCGGCUGCAAGCAUUAAACUUCGUGUUAGACAUAGCCUUCUUGUAAAUAUUAUACAGAUUGAUUAUAAUAUAAUCAUUUAAAAUUUAGGUUAAUGUUUUAACAGUCGUUUUUGUGUACCACUCGACCACGCCCCUCCCCCCCUCUCCCGUUCAAACAUCAACAUCUUAAGGAUAUAAAAGCAGCCAAAUUGAAAUCCGUCCUGUUUGAACUCAAUUUUAGUGAUUUGUACAUACUCCACUUGAUCAUCCUUUGAAAGCUGUAACCUUCUAACCCGUACUGAGUGCUGCUUUUCUGCGUUUCUUUUAAAAGGGUUGAUACAGGUAAUUGAAUUUUGACGGAUUCUAGCUCAGGAUUCUAUUACUAGAGAGACUGAAACUUCCCAUCAGCAUUGAAAAAGAGAUUUAAUAACAUGAAGUACUGAAUUCUGUGAUUUUGUGCUUUUACUCUUCAACAUCCAGGCUUGAAACUCGCCUUGUGAUGAAGUUUAGAAGCACACAUUUUUCCCUUUUAAGGAAGUAGGUAUUUUGAUUGUUGUUAACUGGUGCGGAACUAAAUCCAUAUCUUCUAGAGCACGGAAGUCCAUGAAAAAUGAAUCUCUCGCUGAAUUCGUUUUUGCUUCCUUUCUUCGGUUGCCCUACAAAUAAUUUAAUUGUAUUUCAAGGAAUGUCUUUACAAUUGAAAUCUCUCUCUCACUCUUGGAAUUAUUUUGUUGAAACCUUUGAGAAAGAACAAAGUUUAGUGAUGAUGAUGAUAACUGGCCCUCGUAGAUAUCUCUGAAAGCGGCGUAAUGUUGUGCAUCGCAGCAUAAUGUUUUCUAGCGAAUGAUUUUUGCACAAAUUUUGUGGUUUUGACGAUGCUAAGGAAACUAUUCAUGUUUGCUUGAACUGUUUUGUAUUUAAUGUCAAUGUUACUUUUCUUAGUUUUUUUUUCUUUUGAUUCGUUUGUUUAUUUCGUUCUUUUUUAUGGAAAGGAAGACGAAAAAAAAAGUAAAUAAUAUCGUAAUGUUAGAUUUUGUCAAAAUUUUGUAAUAUAGGCUACUGUUUCAAGGGUUUGAUGUGAGUUCAGAUAGUAAUUAUUAAAAUUUAGCUUUCGAUUAUCCCUAGUGAGUAACUGUUUUCAUAAACUGCUGCAAUAGAUUGUUUCUUUUUUUAUUUUAAUCUAUUUUUUAUCAUUUUUUCUCUCGUCUGUUUUUAACUGGUAUAGAACCGCACCUUCGAAAGUAAAAUGUAUGUGUAUUUGUUUCUUUUUUGCCUCUUUUUUUUUUUUCUCUCUGUAACUGUACUGUCGUAACGUUGUAUUAAGUGAUGUACAUUUUAUGAGUGGAGACUAAAUGUGAGCGCUGCAUACAGAGGAACAGUCAUUAAGAUUUUUCGCAAGGUUUCUUUUUCUUUUUAAACUCAAAAGGCUGGGUGCACUUAAAGGUGUGAUACGUUCCAUUUUGAUAAGAGUAUGAUUUCAAUUUUCCCUUUUUUGUUUUUUUUUUCCAGAACUUUUUUUCUUUUAAUGAUAAUUGGAUUAAUCAGGUUGCAGUUACUCAGCAUGUUCAAUUGGACUACAUUUUGCCAUGAGAUACCAUUAUUUCGGGCUCAUUUUAAAAAAUCAACCCAUUUGCUAUUAGUAUUCCAAUGCAGAUAUGUAUUCCAUGGAUGAGCCAGGAAUACUAGUUCCUUUUUGCAAAAUGUAGUCGAAUCAUUUUUCAUGUUAAAGAUUAGUUUCAACAGAAUUUGUUCAUUUCAGUUAACUGUCAAUCCUCCUUGCUCUGUUUGGCCAGCAUACUUAAAUACAUUCUCUGCCACCUCUCUGAGCUAAAGUAUUUCUCAUUUUUUGCGGGGUUUUUCUUUUUAUUACACCACCUUGUUUUGUCAAGUCGUUUAAUUUGUCAUUUCCCUCAGUCACUCGUCUUUCAGUCUUGAUGCUUGCAUUUUAAGUCUUCCAAUUAAAAUCUUUCAGCAUCAGAAAUCUGAAUCACUGUCAAUGAACCUUCUAGGGUCGAUUUGCUGAACAGAUAAAUUUUGGCUGUCGAAGCCCCUCUUCUCUCAAAUGUCAGCUCUUGAGAGUUUGCCUAGCUUUGUUUUAAAAAUUAGACCCUUCAAUUAGAAGCAGUUCAGAUCAUAAUAAUCUUUUUAGGUAUCGCUGUCUGGCAUCUGCCACCCAGUUCUCGGCCUCUCUUUUGUUCUUGAUGUUUUUACAGGGGUUUGUCAUGAUAGUGAUCGCUUUUCUGAUAAGUUUUUCCCAAAGGUGAACUGUGGAUCGAACUAUUAUACGUUUCUCAAAACUGAAUUUAAUUAAAUUAAAACAAGACUUGUAAGAGUUUAAUGUGAUGGGAAGUUCAAGUUCUAAUAAUCAGGUUAUUCUUCUUUAUUUGGUUUAUGAAAAAAAUGAUGAAAGCUAAGUAAACAUUUUCAAAAUGUGAUUAACUCAAGUUCGCUCCAUGAAUUUGGGGCGACAAAAGAACUCCAGUUGUGGGCUGUUCUGCAAAAAAAAGCUCCUUCAAAAAGGCUAGCGCACCUCUGACUUUCUGGAGCACAUUACACAUUUAGCUCUAACAUUUUCUGUGCUGAAUAUUCCUGAAGACAUGAAAUAAACCAACACAUAAAAAGCAUUUCAACUGGAAAGGCCGCUUGUUUUUGUUAAACUUUUGUUCAGACUGUUAACAUUUUAUCCACCGGUUAAGUUCGUCGAUUUCAAGUUGAAAAAUCUUCUGUCGUACAAUGUCAAUAUCCAAGCAAGCGUAAGUUCUGUAAACCUGCUCCUCAAAACUGAAUUGAUCUCCAUCAACUGAGGUAAAAAUGGUUUGAUAUUUCUCAAAAUGAAGACUGGUAAAGCUAUUAGGGAUUCAAGAAAGACUCAACUUCUUAUUAGGCUCUUGCUGACGAUGCAAUGUGUUUUUUUUUCAUGUUUUCUUCUUGUCAAAAGUUUAAAUGAUUAUUACCAUCUUGAAAGAGCCUCUGUAACUUAUUAAACAACCAAGUAUAUAUAACUUCGCAUGGUGUUAGCGAUAAUUUCAUUAUUAUUUGACGUAAAUGAAUUACUGAAGCCUGACUUUGAGAUGUCAGAUUUAUGUGGAGUGAUACCUGACAAAGUGGAAAAGUUUCAUCAAAUUUGAUUCGAGAGGGCUUUUUCUCCCAUUGUAAUUGUGCAUUGAUAAAGUACUGCUGCUUCUUCAGGACGAAGCUGUAACCUGAGACAGAUCAUGCAAAAGAUUGGCUCUGUUGCGCAUCAUUAACUUAGCUAGUGACACAAAAUUUGGACAUCCAAGCCUGAUUAUUCCUUUUUGAUGAAUGCAAAGGUUUUUUUAAGUUAUCUCAAGACGUUUGUACCUUUUAACAUCAUUUUAUCGUAGUUGCAAUUUUUUUGUCUAAGACUCUUGCAUUCUUUGUCUCUCGUUUAAAAUCUUAGGAUGUAAGCCAUUCAAAGCUCAAUGCUGCUAGGCCGGAGAAAAUUUUAAAAUUUCAGCCAUCUCAGGUGACGGAGGUCACUUCAGUCCAGCCCAUUCACUCGAAGUCACGUGUACUGAAGGUAAAGGAUGGUUUGACUGACAAUCGGAUCUUGUGCGACUGAAAUUUGUAAAUUAUCCUUGGAAUUUCAUACUUAGCAGCAAAUAAGAUUUAUCCUCAUUUCCUUUUAAUUUUUCUUUGAGUCGUUUUCUUUUUUUAUUACCACAAACAUUUUCCCCUUAUAGCGGCUACAACAAUUUUAUUACUUUCUUGUGUAUAUUGUUUAUUUAAUACUUGAAAUCUUAUUUAUCAAAUUGUUUUGAAUGUAUCAUAGACUAAAUUUAACGGUAACAAAUAUAUAUAUAUAUUUUCUGUGUUAAA